CUCGCUCCUCCUGUCCUGAAUCUUCUAUCCUUCUCUCUCCCUCUGCCCAGUCUCCCCCAGUGUGGCUCUCGGUUUCGCUUCUCUCUGAUACUAUCGGAACUAUCUCUCCACUAUUGCUUCAGACCGGAUCGCACCUGGUCCGCUUUCCCCUUCUGCUCGUUCUCUACGUCCACCCUCAAGGAAUGCCGACAACCCCCUCCGUAUACGUCUGGCGCAAUCUUACGGUUCAAUUGCGGGUCACCCGCUCAAUCGACCUUUCGAAUUGCUUUGUUGAUCGAAGCGUGGAUUGAUAUUGGUCAAGUGAUAUUGGUGAAUUGAUACUGGCGAAAUUGGUACUGGUGAAUAGGCGACAACAUGGCGUGGGAUCACCUCGAUAUCGAUAAGCCGCAUCUGGCCUACAUGAUCCUCGGCGGUUUCACCGGCCUGUUCAUGCUCUGCUCCCUCUUCGUCAAGGAGAAACUCUACAUCGGCGAAGCUACCGUCGCCACUCUCUGUGGCAUCAUCUUCGGUCCCCAUGCCGCAAACCUCUUUAACCCCCUCUCCUGGGGCAACGUCGACAAGAUCACCCUCGAGUGCUCCCGCAUCGUCCUCGUCGUCCAAUGUUUCGCCGUCGGCGUCGAGUUGCCCAAGGCCUACAUGGGGCGCCACUGGAAGUCUGUCAUCAUGCUCCUCGGUCCCGUCAUGACCUGGGGCUGGCUCAUCACCAGUCUCUUCAUCUGGUGGAUGGCCGAGCCGCUGAGCUGGGUCGAGAGUCUCGUCUGCGCCGCCUGCGUCACCGCCACCGACCCCGUCCUGGCCUCCUCCGUCGUCGGUAAGGGCAAGUUCGCCAAGCGUGUGCCCAAGCAUCUGCGUGACCUCCUCUCCGCCGAGUCCGGCUGCAACGACGGCAUGGCUUUCCCCUUCAUCUACCUCUCCUUCUACAUCCUCCGCUACGCCUCCCAUCCCAGCGAGCUCGCCCUCCACUGGUUCUGCAUCUCCAUUCUCUACGAGUGCGUCGUCGGCGCCAUCUUCGGGCUGUCCAUCGGCUAUCUCGCCCGUCACGCCAUUCGCCUCGCCGAGCGCAAGGGCCUCAUCGACCGCGAGAGCUUCCUCGUCUUCUACUUCGUCCUCGCCGUCUUCUGCGCCGGCUCCGGCAGCCUUCUCGGCAUGGACGAUCUGCUCAUCGGCUUCUGCGCCGGUGUCGGCUUCAGUAACGACGGCUGGUUCACCGAGAAGACCGAGGAGUCCCACGUCUCCAACGUCAUCGACCUCCUGCUCAAUCUGGCCUACUUCGUCUACUUCGGCUCCAUCAUCCCCUGGGAGGACUACAACAACCACGCCAUCGGUCUCACCCCCUGGCGUCUCGUGGUCAUCGCCCUGCUCGUCAUCUUCUUCCGCCGCCUGCCCAUCAUGAUGCUCCUGAAGCCCGUCAUCCCCGACGUCAAAACCUGGCGCGAGGCUCUCUUCGCCGGCCAUUUCGGCCCCAUCGGCGUCGGCGCCAUCUUCGCCGCUAUCCUCGCCCGCGCCGAGCUCGAAAACGACAGCACCCAACCCCUGUCCGAGGCCGAGCUCCCCAAGGCCGGCACCAAGGACUAUUACGUUGUCCAGCUCAUCUGGCCAAUCACCACAUUCCUGGUCAUCUCCUCCAUCUUGGUCCACGGCUCCUCCAUCGCCGUCUUCACCCUCGGCAAGCGCAUCAACACCCUGACCGUCACCCUGUCCUACACCCAGGCCAACGAGGAGGGACCCUCGUGGAUGAACCGUCUGCCCCGCGUCCAGUCGCUCGCCAAGGGCUCCAUGUCCUUCCGCAAGACCGACGAGCUCGAAGACUCCACCACCGAGCCCGAGUACCCGCCCGGCACCCUGCCCCCGAUCGGUAUGCCCGGUAACUUCCUCCGCCGCCAACGCGACGAGGACGAGUCGCCCCAAGGCCGCACCCCGAGUCGCACCGCCCGUCGCCGCCGCCGCCACCGCGGGCGCUCCGACGGCGCCGGCGGACCCAUCAGCCAGUCCGCCAUCGCCCCCCAGCGACCCUCCGACAACGGUCUGGACGAGAAGCAGGACAGCAUCGCCGAGCAGGCGCAGCGCGACCGCAUCGAGCGCGGUGCCUCCCCGCCGUCCCACGAGGCCGACCGCCUCCACCGCGUGCCCGUCAUGGAGGUCUACCUCGAGGGUCACCACAUGGUCAUGGAGGACGAGGACGGCAACGUCCUCCGGACGGAGGACGUCAGCCAUAUUUCGCCCGAGGAGCGGGAUCGCCACAUCGAGGAGCAGCGGGUGAAGCUCUUGCGCGAGCGCCCGGUCAAGGGCCAAGCCGAGAUCGCCCCAGCCCCGACCCCAGCCGCAGCUGCAGAGGAGACCCCCGCCGGACCGCUCACCUCGAUGCGCCAACGCCUCGCUCGGUUUGUGGGCAUGGACCGCUCUCACCCGUCCACGCCAGAGACCCCUGACACCACCGCCACCACCACUACCGCCACCCCGGCCGGCCCAUCGUCGCCCGCGGCAGCCCCCGCGCCCAAGCCCAAGGGCAAAGCACGGUCCGCGCACGCCUACCAGUUCGGUAACACCAUCAUCGUGGAAGACGAAGACGGCGAGGUGCUCAAGAAGUACUCGAUCCCGUCGUCGUCGUCCGAGCGGCCCGAGGGCGCGGCGCCCGUGCGUCGCGGCCUCACCCGGAUGGGCACGUGGUUCGGCAUGGAAGAAAAGGACGAGACGGCGCAGCAGCAGAAGCAGACCGCCAAGAACCGGCAAGCCGCCCGGGACGAGUGGAUGGCGGACGACGGCCUGCGGUUCACCAUCGCCGCGGACGACACCGUCGGCCGCCGCGGCGUCGGCCACAAGGGCACGCGCAUGACCAAGCACCAGUUCGCGGAGCAGCUGCGCGGCCUGGGGCCGCGGGCGCGUCGCACCUUCGUCGAGGAGUCGGACGCGCCCGAGCGGGUCAAGGACGCCGCGCGGUCGCACGCGGAGGCUGCGGAGGAGGGCCAGAGUCAGCAGCCGCCACGACGACAGUCCGACCCGGGCGUGACCCCGCGUGACGAUGGCUUCGCGCAUGAUCCCGUCGAAGCCGCCGGCCGCGCCGCAGCCGAGGAAGACCUGACGUCGUCGAGCGAAGUCAGCGACGAGGCCGACCGCGCGGGGCGAGCAAGUCCCGGCAACGACGUCGCGGCGUCUCUGGCGCGCGUGACCCGCGGCAGCGCCGCCCAAGCCCGCCGCAGCAACCUCGGCCCGUCGCAGCUGCGCGCACGACGCGACUCGGAAGACGACGGCACGGACCGAGUCCCCCCGUCGGAGCUCCGGCAGGCAGCGGGGCUGGAUCGGCCGCCGCAGGAGGCCGACCUAGGCGAUACGGGCGAGACGCCCGCCGAACGCCGCCGUCGUCUUGCUGCGUUAGGCGAGCUAGCCUCUGACUCGGACUCUGCCUCUGAAGACGACGACGAGGCGAUCGAGUCCGGGAGUGAGGACGGGGACGAAGACCGCCGGGGUAAAUCCGGACGAGGCGAGUCGAGUUCGUCCGAGUCGGGACAACGACAUCGGACGAAGAUAUCGUGGGGAGGUGAGAAGGGGCGGUGAUUGAUAUCGGGUAGUAUUAUUAUGUUGAUUAUAUUGAUUGAUGUGGUUAUUGAUUGGUUGAUUGAUUUGAUUUGAUUGAUUGAUUGAUUGAUUGACUGGUUGAUGAUUGAUUAUUGAUUGAUGAUUGAUUGUAUAGGAAGGGGAAGGACAUAGCAUAAUAGAUAUACAUAAGACACAGUAAGAUAACUUAUUAUUUAGAUAGAGUAAUAGUCUGUAGAGUAGUAGAUAGUAGACAACAGAGUAGCAGCGUAGCAG